AUGUCUCGAAAGCACAAGAUCAACUGGGAUUACAGCGACGACGAAGACAGUGCUCGCUACCCGUCAUCGCUUCUCCAGUCUGCUACUCACGAUGAGGGGGAGUCUCCUACAAAAGGCCGGCGGAUCGUUGUGAACAGACCACGGGCGCGAAGCGGGGUGCACCGCCGGAAGAGGCAGCGGGGAGCCAUCGACGUGGUUCAGCAGGGCAGUGGUAGUGGUUUGGUGGUUCGGGAUAGAAAUGGAUCAGACUCCGAUGGUUUGCCUCAUUGGGCCCCGCCCGAAGAGUCCGAAAUGGAUCAGAUUGAUUCUCGCAACUCCGAGUUGGCCGACGCCCAACUCGAGACUUAUGUUGAUGCGAUUAACGCCCAUGUAGCUGGGUUUUACCACCUCGACGGUAAUCUGUUUGUGGUUCAGGGCUGGGAUUGUGUUAGGGCUCAAUCGACAGAGCACUGGUACCAUCUCGAAUAUAAGAUGUUGGACAAAGGGACCGAGACAGAGAUUCUCCUCGCGUGUACAUGCCCUAUGGGCCUCGAUGGUUCUUGCAUCCACUGUCGCUUCUUUACGGGGUACGAUGUUGAGAGCCUGAUAGACAUUCGUAGGGAGGGGAUAUCAAAUGGGUUGAGGCUAAACGUCCCAUCGUCGUUAGACGAAAAACGACCCAUCAUGUUUCUCCAACAACCACACCUUAAUGACAUCAUGGUGUCGUGGUUCUCUGUACCCUCCGCGUCAAGUUCUGCCCUAAAAGGACGGGCGAUUGUCAAGCACCGCGGAAUUCAGGACCAUUGGGAUGGAAUAUGGCAGUGCUCGAAGGACAGUAGUGGACCGUUGUGUGUUCAUGUGCGGAGUGUUAGAGCUCUAGUGGGAGGGGAUACCGGGGCGCAGGAGGAUGAUAUUAGCAGGUCAAUGACGGCAGGAGGAAGAAGGGUGAAUGAAUUUGUGUUCGAAGUGAAAGGGGGGGCGACGUCUUACCUAGCUAUCAAUGUACCAAAGUGGGCCGAACUCCCUAGCGACUCUAGGGCCUAUCCGCACCCACCUCCUUUCCGUUCCGUCCCUGAGCAUCCGCUACCACUGGAGCCAACGUCUUCGUGUCCAUGUGAUGGUUCGAGGACACUGUACGACCCGACCCGCCCAGUUGUUGUUCGACCGUGCAAGAUCUACACCCUCACAACCGUCUACAACCACUCGAUCACUCUACAACCAUGCCCUAAAUGUUCUCCUAUUCGGCGUAGAUUCAUUGGGCCCGAUCUUCGUGAACGAGGCGUCUUCAACUAUAACAACUCGGUUUUGGUUUCGCACGAACUCUUGGACGAUUACACCUCUGCGUAUACAUCGUCUGAAACCCCCUUUUCCGCAUGGGUAUUGCAACAAGGCCGUCGGUACGAAAUCACAGGACAGACGUUCAUGGGCGAGGACCUGUUCCGGGCGAUAUGGUUUUCCUACGUCUCACUGCAGGCAUUUGGUGGGGACAUGAAAUGCACGAAGUGUGGAGAUUAUCCGGAUACUGUCAUCUGGGAUGGGAUCACCCUGGCAUUCGCUCGAAAGCAUGUUCGAAGCACAUUGUACCCCCCAACGACCCUAUCAGACGACUCCUUGGUACGCGCCAGGGUGAGGUACCAGCCUAAUAAACAACAGCUUAUCCCCAAGGCCACGACUCGACGUCAAAUUCGCAUGAUCCUGGACCCUCCAAGCUUCGAUUCUUUGGUCGAUGUCGACUGUUCCACGCCUCCACCAACUCCAUCGAAGUCACCGGCAAAGGGGCAAUCUCGGCAGGCGAGACUAGUUUCAGAGCAUCUGGAUCGGAUUGCUACAGUGGUAGCGGAGCUUGAGACGUUGUGUCCAGCACUCGCAAGACUAUUCGAACUGAUUUACGGAGCGCACGCUUACGCCGACGGGAUAAAACCAUCAUCGCCCUACAAGAACUUCUUUUUGCAGAUUGCGGCUGAAGAGUCGGUUCUUCAGAUGGUUAAUUUGCCGUCACUUCAGACCCUUCGUUCAUUCCUCCAAGACCCUUCGACAUCAAGUGCCAGAUUGACCCAAUUAAUCAGUCUACCGGGCCUUUAUGGGCUAUUGAAGGUCCACGGAGACCUUGACAGUAUCGUGCCUAUUAUGGAGUGGAUUGAGAAGCGAGCAACAUCGGUGCUUCAACUGCUGAAGGUGGAGUCGCCGUUGCCGCCUGCACAGGAGAUUAGUAGGGGAACUGACGCCAACGAUUGGAUGAAGUCGGGCUGCCUUUACAACAUGCCUCAGAUCCGCCAUCGACCGAAGUAUCCGCGGCUGGAGGCAGAUCAACAGAAGUCAGACAGUUCAGGGAAGAGAGGAGACCGCUGCGGGAAGUAUUACAGCCAGUACGGAGAGAAGAGGUUGACAGGAGGCAUCAUGGUAGCAUGGUGUACCCAUAGCAUCUGCUACGGGUUUCACUGCAUUGCGGAGAGCGAGGGGAGAGACGACGUAUUUUCCGCCAUGGUAACGCGUUGGCCUGUUGCACCUAAACGAGUCAUCUACGACUUUGCGUGCGCUCUGGGGCCCUACUGCAUGCUGCGAGAACCCGAUUUUUUUCAAAACACCUACUUCGCAAUUGACCAUUUUCACGCCGCAGGUCAUACAAAAUGCUCGCCAGCGGCCUUUCUCUCGGAAUACGCCAAUGUUGAUCCUCGCUUGGUUGCCAUAAACUCGAGUGCUGCGGAGUGUGGUAACAGCGGGCUGAAGCGUAUUCGCAAGUCAGGUGCACCUGCGGAAACUAAUGCGUUUGGGUUUACAGUAGAUUAA